AACAAUGGUUGAUUUUGUAACCAAGAAAAACUAAUCUCAAUUUACUCUUUUUGGCAAUAACUUUGGAGAAAAAAUGGUAACAGUCCGAACAGGCCCGUAAAGUCGAAGCAGAAAGGGCCCAUAAUCUGGGAUCAAUUCAAAGUUUGAAUCUUGGGAAAGGUUAAAAGCCAAUUUUCCGAUUGGAAUUUUCCUUUAUUCGCACAACUUCCCAACUGCUGAAGGUUAGAGUCACGUUUUUUUCAUUCUUCCCUCCCGCUCUCUCACACACAAUGGCGAAAAAACCGUUACUCUGCUUCUUGCUUUUCCUCCUUGCCUUUGUCAUCAUCGCCGGAGCCUCCUCUUCAGGCGCUGAGCUUGACUACUCCAAGCUCUCGGGCAUUAUAAUCCCUGGCUUCGCUUCCACUCAGCUCCGAGCAUGGUCCAUUCUUGACUGUCCGUACUCUCCGCUUGAUUUCAACCCUCUCGAUUUGGUCUGGCUCGAUACAACCAAACUACUUUCGGCUGUCAAUUGCUGGCUUAAGUGCAUGGUGCUGGAUCCGUACAACCAGACUGACCAUCCAGAUUGCAAGUCCCGCCCUGAUAGUGGUCUUUCUGGGAUUACAGAACUUGACCCAGGUUAUAUAACAGGACCUCUUUCAUCGGUUUGGAAAGAGUGGAUUAAGUGGUGUAUUGAAUUUGGCAUAGAAGCUAAUGCAAUAAUUGCUGUUCCAUAUGACUGGAGAUUGUCGCCCGCAAUGCUUGAAGAGAGGGACCUUUAUUUUCAUAAGCUAAAAUUAACAUUUGAAACUGCUUACAAACUUCGUGGUGGCCCCUCUUUAGUUUUUGCCCAUUCAUUGGGUAAUCAUGUUUUCCGUUAUUUCUUAGAGUGGUUGAAGCUAGAGAUUGCACCAAAACAUUAUAAUGAGUGGCUGGAUCAACAUAUCCAUGCCUAUUUUGCUGUUGGAGCUCCCCUUCUUGGUGCAAUUGAAACCAUUGAAGCAACUCUUUCUGGGUUCACCUUUGGUCUUCCCAUAUCUGAGGGAACAGCACGGCUGAUGUUCAACUCCUUUGGUUCAGCACUAUGGAUGAUGCCUUUUUCCAAGUACUGCAGAACAGAUAAUAGAUAUUGGAAGCAUUUUUCUGGGGGAAGGCAUGCUGGUCAACCAACAUAUAAAUGUGAUGAGCAGGAGUUUCAGUCAAACUUUUCUGGGUGGCCAACAAAAAUAAUCAACAUUGAAAUUCCUUCAGCACAUGCAUUUGAUGCAUAUCCUUCAUUCUCAGAAAUACCGGAGUCCAACUUGUCUAGCAUGGAGUGUGGACUACCGACUCAAUUAUCAUUCUCAGCUCGUGAAAUAUCAGAUGGCACCUUUUUCAAGGCAAUUGAAGAUUAUGACCCAGACAGCAAGAGGAUGCUACACCUGUUACAAAAAUCAUAUCUUGGUGAUCCUGUUCUUAAUCCCCUUACACCUUGGGAGCGGCCACCAAUAAAAAAUGUCUUCUGCAUUUAUGGGUCUGAUUCAAAGACAAAGGUUGGUUACUAUUUUGCUCCUAGUGGCAAGCCUUACCCCGAUAACUGGAUCAUUACGGAUGUCAUUUAUGAGUUUGAAGGAUCUCUAAUCUCAAGGUCAGGGACUCUGGUUGAAGGGAAAAUUGGACCUAUAAGUGGCGAUGAGACGGUGCCAUAUCUCUCCCUUUCCUUGUGCAAGAACUGGCUUGGACCAAAAGUGAACAUAACAAGAGCGCCUCAGUCAGAGCAUGAUGGUUCAGAUGUACAGAUUAAAUUGAAUGUGGAACAUCACCAUGGAGAAGAUCUUGUUCCAAAAAUGACAAGAUUGCCAAGAGUGAAGUACAUAACAUAUUAUGAAGAUUCUGAAAGUCUUCCUGGAAAGAGGACAGCAAUUUGGGAGCUUGAUAAAGCAAAUCACAGGAACAUAGUUAGAUCACCAGUGCUAAUGAGGGAACUAUGGCUUGAGAUGUGGCAUGAUAUCCAUCCUGAUGCAAAAUUAGAGUUUGUAACAAAAGCUAAGAGGGGUCCUUUAAGAGACGAGGACUGUUAUUGGGAUUAUGGGAAGGCUCGUUGUGCAUGGCCUGACUACUGUGAAUAUAGAUAUGUUUUUGGGGAUGUUCACUUGGGACAAAGCUGUAGGUUGAGAUAUACUACUGCUGAAGUGUUGUCACAUUAUUUGUAAAUAACAAGGUGCUAUUACCUUCCGGUAAUUUUUUCUUCUGGAUGACCCACUUGACACGAACACCAUUUCUCCUUCAUAUUACCGUAAUUUUUGGAGUCUGGCCAUUCUUUGGGGUUGUAUACUAGCGGGGCACUGUUUACAAGCAAACUGUCUUUACUGGUUUGGAACUUUGACUUCCAGGGCCUCAUAUUCAACUAGAUUAAAAAAAAGGCAAUUGCAAGAUUCUAAAAGUUUAAAGUCCCAGUUUUUUUAAAUAGUUUUAUCGAUAUAAAUUAUUAGAAAAAUAUUCAUUUUCAAAAUAAAAGUCAGUAUACCUUAUGUUUGUUUUUUCUUAUUUUUUAAUUACUUGUUCUAGAAAAUGACUGGACUGAACAUCUUCUUUCUUGUUGUCUUAUUUAAUUAUAAUUUUUAAUAUAAUAUGAAUAUAAUUUUAAUAAUCUAAAAUGAACACGAGGAAAAUAAAGUAAUUUUUCCAUGAAAAUUAAAAAGAGAAUAAAGUUAUAACGUUUUAGUUAGGUUAAACAUUACCAUAAAAUAUGCAUAAUUUUUAUAAAUAAAAUAAUAUAUUAUAAUUCUUAAAACUUUAUCUGCAAACUUGAUACUGGUGGUAUCUGAAAUGCUUCUUCAUAUUCUCUGCAAUUAGAAAUUGAGGUUUGUGUUCUAUUUUGUUGAAACCGGAAUUAUACUGCUAUUGGUUAAACUAGGUGCACAUCCUUUACUGUUGGUUAGUCGACUGACCACUUUUCACUUGCCCUCCAUAAUAAAUAGUACGUCAGAAUGGUGGGGGAUCUGUAGAGCUAUAUUGUUCAACUGGUUAACAGUUUUCUUGAUCUAGAAAACAUGACAUGGAAAAUGAUAAUACGAAUAGUGCAGGUGAUAGUAGUGUAGAGGAAAACAUUUGUUCUCUGAUAUACUGUAACAUGGACAUUCUGGUAUUACUCACAGUUCAAUGUUGUAUAUCCUCAGGAAAGACAAAUUUUAUGUAAUGUUUUGAUAA